UGUCGUUAUUGCGUCAGUGUCUCGUUUUUUCUCUCGGGUUUACUUUGUGUUAUCGAUGUGGAUAAGUUGUUUUUACCUCAUUAUAUAUAACCUCUUGAGUGGAACUCAAAUUGUUUGAGUAGAACAAACAAAGUUAGGGUUUAAGAAGAAGUCUGUAAAUACCUAAUCUCCAUCAAAUUUGGUACUUGUAGCCAUGAUGAUGAUUAUGAUGAAGAUGGGUUUGUGCUGUAGAUUCUUCGAUAUUUAUUUUAUCUCUUAGCUUUUGUUUCUCCUUCUCUUUGCCUUAAUCCAUUACAGUAUCAGAGUUUGGUGCUUAUGAGCUCUGUUUUUCCAGGACCAAGAUUUUUGUCCUUGUUGCAACAGAAUUCGAAAACCCUAAUUCAAGCUAAGCAAAUCCAUGCUCAAUUAGUCAUCAAUGGCUGCCAUGAUAAUUCUCUAUUUGGCAAACUCAUAGGCCAUUACUGUUCAAAGCCAUCAACCGAAAGCAGCUCAAAGCUUGCUCAUUUACUAGUGUUUCCUCGAUUUGGUCAUCCUGAUAAGUUUCUCUUCAACACAUUGCUUAAAUGUAGCAAACCAGAGGACUCGAUUCGGAUUUUUGCCAAUUAUGCAUCAAAAAGUUCGUUGCUUUAUCUCAAUGAGCGCACUUUUGUCUUCGUCCUUGGCGCUUGUGCUAGGUCAGCUUCGUCGUCGGCGUUACGGGUUGGUAGAAUUGUUCAUGGGAUGGUGAAAAAGCUUGGCUUUCUAUAUGAAUCUGAAUUGAUUGGAACCACUUUACUCCAUUUCUACGCUAAGAAUGGAGAUUUACGUUAUGCAAGGAAGGUGUUUGACGAAAUGCCUGAGAGAACCUCUGUUACAUGGAACGCAAUGAUAGGUGGAUAUUGUUCACAUAAGGAUAAAGGCAAUCACAAUGCGAGAAAGGCUAUGGUUUUGUUUAGGAGAUUCUCUUGCUGUGGUAGUGGAGUUAGACCUACUGAUACAACCAUGGUUUGUGUUCUUUCAGCCAUUUCUCAGACGGGUUUGCUCGAAAUUGGUUCUCUCGUUCAUGGUUACAUAGAAAAGCUCGGGUUCACACCCGAAGUUGAUGUCUUUAUCGGUACUGCACUUGUCGACAUGUACUCAAAAUGCGGCUGCUUGAACAACGCAUUCUCCGUGUUCGAGCUAAUGAAAGUGAAAAAUGUCUUUACAUGGACUUCAAUGGCAACGGGGCUAGCUCUCAACGGUAGAGGAAACGAAACACCGAAUCUUCUAAACCGAAUGGCGGAAUCUGGGAUCAAACCAAACGAAAUAACUUUCACUAGCUUGCUUUCGGCUUAUCGUCAUAUAGGUCUUGUUGAAGAAGGAAUCGAGCUGUUCAAGAGCAUGAAGACAAGAUUUGGUGUCACACCGGUUAUCGAACACUAUGGUUGCAUAGUAGAUCUUCUUGGUAAGGCAGGGCGGAUACAAGAGGCUUAUCAGUUUAUAUUAGCUAUGCCUAUAAAGCCUGACGCUAUCUUGUUAAGAAGCCUCUGCAAUGCCUGCAGCAUUUAUGGAGAGACUGUAAUGGGUGAAGAGAUCGGAAAGGCUCUUCUCGAGAUAGAACGAGAGGACGAGAAGCUUUCGGGUUCUGAGUGCGAAGAUUAUGUCGCUUUAUCGAAUGUGUUAGCUCAUAAAGGGAAAUGGGUAGAGGUAGAGAAGCUGAGGAAGGAGAUGAAAGAAAGAAGAAUCAAAACAAGACCUGGUUACAGUUUUGUUUAACAUAGCUUGUUACAGGUCUCGGUUCUGUUAAAAGCUCUGUUAUCCCCUGAAGACUCUCUUGUCUUCUUCUUCUUCUUUAAGCACAUGCAUUGGAUUCAUCACAUCAAGAUCUACACAUAGAUUAAAAAUAUUCAGAUCCCAAUCUUCUUAAUCUAUAUUAAGAACAAAGUCUUCUUACCGUGUAGAAUCUUGUCAAGUUCGAUGUCUCUUGAUCUCUUCUUGGAUUUGUGCUCUGUAUCACCACCAUUAACAGAUUGAUUAUUCUUCCUUGUACCUUGAGUUCCAACAAA